GGAUACCUCGGUUAUUUGCUAAAUUAAAGUCUAUGACGCUCUUAUCUGUUUUGAUAUAUAUUAUAAAAAUGUGAUAGCAUUAAAAUAUUACAUGUGUUUUAUCAAAGCCCUUCGUCAAAUUUUUAGUUACUAUUUGAGUCUUAGUAGUCAAUUGAUUUAAAUAAGUCGGAGCUAACAAAUAAUAAUUUUUGUUGUUAUUGGCGCAGAAUAGCAGAUAAAAUUUUUAUGUAUUUAAAAAGACAUUUGCGAUUCCUAAUAAGUAAAAGUUGGAAUUAUUUAACACUAGCAGGAGUGAUCAGAUCGAGUUUUUUAAAGAGUUAUUCCAUUAAAUGUCAAAAUUCUUCAAAAAUGAUUACUUUAAAUGAAGUUAUCUCAGUGCUAAACAAAAUGGCUCCAUUGUCAUUAGCUGAAUCUUGGGAUAAUGUUGGUCUAUUAGUUGAACCUGUCAUUUUAAAACCAAUUGAAAACGUUUAUUUUACAAAUGACUUGACUGAAGAAGUUUUAGACGAAGCAGAAAAAACUGGAGCUAAUCUUAUUGUUUCUUAUCAUCCUCCUCUAUUUGCACCUUUAAAAAAAAUUACUUCACAAACGUGGAAGGAACGAAUUAUUGCUCGUUGUCUUGCCAAUGGAAUCGCCGUGUAUUCACCACAUACGUCAUGGGAUUCUGCGAGCAAUGGAUUAACUGAUUGGUUAAUAAGUAUUUUUGAUGGGAAGAUAACUGUUAUUCAACCUCAUAUGUCAUCACCUAAUUUUAAUUACGUAGUAAAUAUAAGUUCAGAGAAUUCUUUUGCAGUCCAAAAAUUUAAUGGUUGUUUAAAAGAUUUUUUAGAAAGCCAAUUUAUAUCACAAAUCAACAAAGAAUUUAAAAUCACAAAUUAUGGUCAAAACAAUGUUCAAAUUUUAUGUACUUCAACAUUUCUUAGUUUGUUAAACGAUAUGGAAAUUCUAUCUGAGUUUGAUUUACACGCAAAUAAAAAUGAAACCCUUCCAUCUUCUAUAAGUGGCAGUGGUCGUUUUUGUCAACUUAAAAGUUCUUUAACUAUUGGAAAUGUAGUUACUAUGAUAAAAGAGCAUUUGGGUGUCGAAAAAUUAAUGCUUGCUUUGCCAAAAUCAAAAACAUUAGAUUCAACUAUUGAUUCAGUAGCAACAGUCGCAGGAUCUGGAGCCUCUGUAUUGCGUGGAGUGAAAGCUGACUUAUAUUUAACUGGAGAAAUGACACAUCAUGACAUUUUGGAUGCAGUACAUAAAAACGUAGUUGUAGUUUUGUCCAAUCAUAGCAACAGUGAACGUGGUUAUUUAAAUGUUUUUGUGGAAAGAUUUUCAAAAUAUUUACCGCAUCUAAAAAUUAGCAUUUCUACUACUGAUAAAGACCCUUUGAUCUUAAUUUAAUCAUGCAUUUAUGAAGUUAUUUAUACAUAUAUUGUUCUUGUUUAAAAAUGUUAUUAUAAAUGGUAAAUCAAGAUAAAUUAAACAAAAUGGUUUUUAUUGCAUUUUUCUAAAUUAUUUUUUAAAAUUAAUUGAACUAUUAGUUUGAAUUAAAGUAAAUAUAUAUAUAUCA